GUGUGAUAUGUGGCUGCGGAGGUGGAGACGGGGAAUACAGCCCCUCCAGUCCGCUGUCUCCUCACAUACCGGCGGCCGCCAUGGAGCGGAAACUCGUACUAGAGGAGCAGGAGGCUGAGUAGCGGAGGGCGCUGCUGUCCACGGGGGGGGGUCACGAUCCCGACCGGCCCGUCAGUCCGUGGCGUUCGCUUUCCUUUCUUAUCCUUUCCAUCAUCUGAUCUGGCCUCUCGAAUAGAUAGAUUCACUCACUCAGGCGGCGCCAUUGUUUGUAUGUAACCUCGUUUGUUAAUAAUUCGACGUGUUUUUAAAUCCGGAGCUGUCGUGUUUUUAGGAAAAAAAGAAGAAAAAAAAACAAAACAGAGAAAGAGAGGCAUCAUUAUAUAUUUAGCGAUCGGCCGCUGUUUGUUCAAAGAGAGAGAGAGAGAGAGACACCACGAUGUUCGAGACGGGACAGAUCCUCCUCGUAGCGCUGGACGUGCUUUGUCUGGUACUCGCUGGACUUCCAUUUGCAAUUCUCACACCGCAGCACAAUCCGUUCAAAAGAGGAUUUUUCUGUAAUGACGACUCCAUCAAGUACCCCCUCAAAGAAGACACCAUCUCCUAUCAGUUGCUGGGAGGGGUCAUGAUUCCAGUCACAGUGAUUGUUAUGGUGGUUGGGGAGUGCCUUUUGGUGUAUUACAGGCGCAAGUCCUCGUACCGGUGCAGCUAUGUUGCAGCCCUCUACAAAGCACUGGGCUCCUAUGUUUUUGGUGUGGCCAUCAGCCAGUCCCUGACCGAUAUCGCUAAGUAUUCCGUGGGCCGACUGAGACCCCACUUUCUGGCUGUGUGCAAACCUGUGCUGGACCAGGAAGAUUGCCAGUCGGGCAGGUACAUUGAAAACUUCACUUGCACGGGGGAUGCGACCAUGGUCAACGAAGCCAGAAUCUCCUUCUACUCCGGUCACUCAUCUUUUUCCAUGUAUUGCAUGGUCUUCCUUGCACUUUACCUUCAAGCGAGGCUUCAGAUGCACUGGACAAGACUGCUCCGUCCCACCCUCCAGUUUUUCCUGAUCGCAGCUUCAAUAUAUGUGGGCUUCACGCGGGUGUCAGACUACAUGCAUCACUGGAGCGAUGUCCUGGUGGGGCUGCUGCAGGGGGCCCUGGUGGCCGUGUUCAUCGUGUUCUUUGUAUCGGAUUUCUUCAGGAAGCUGGAGAAUCCAAAGAAAGAGGAGGAAAUCUCACAUUCCAAUUCACAGGAGAGUCCCACUAAUGGAAACCAUUAUGGCAGCACUCGCUGAGACCAGGUGGAUUUCUGGGAGCGGGGGGCGGAGUGGGAGUGCGGCCCGUCAGGUGCGGGCAAAUGCCACUCAGGUGACUGACUGAGGUCAGGACUGUCUCUUCAGGGACAGUGGAAGCUGCUUUGGCUGGACUGCUACUGCUGCUACCGAAACACCAAUCACCUGAAAUCAGUUUUUUAAAAAAAAAAAAAAAAAUACUGAUAUCUAACAUUAAUCAUGCAACGUAUUGCAUUUUUUAUUUGAUUUGUGAGUUUGGAACUUGUUUUAUGUUGUGUGUUUUUAUUUUUUCUGUGAGGGGAGGGGUUCAUUACGAGAAUAAAAAUGAAUAAAAGAGCCCA